AACCGUCUGACUGAAGCAGGUGGCACAAUGUCUCAACUGAGGCAUUGUAUCUUAUAGUACAACCAUUUGACUGAACUUGGUAGCUGGUAUAGACGGGUAUAAUAGUUUUACUUCAGGCUUCAAAGUAAGUUUGAAGGUUUUUUGUUCCUAAUACUACUUGUUUUUAAAGCUUUAACUGCACACCGUUCUAAAAAUGCAAAGCUUCAAAUGUUUGACUGAACUUUUGAGUCUAUAACAAAAAUCAAGUAAGGUUUUUCUUGUAAAGUGUUAUGAUUGUUUUAUAAGCCUAGGGGAUCAUGAUAAAUGUUACACAGGUUUCAUAUUUCACACUGACUUCCUACUUUGACGCUGGUGUCUUCACAUAUUUAUAUUUUCUGAUUAUUAUGUCUUUGUAUAUUUUAAUUCUUUCCUCCAAUCUCCUGCUCAUUGUGGUUAUCUGCAUGAACAGAAGCUUACAUGAACCUAUGUACAUUUUCCUGUGCAGCCUGUUUGUAAAUGAACUGUAUGGUAGUACAGGGUUGUUUCCAUUCCUGCUGGUUCAGAUCCUCUCUGACGUUCACACUGUUUCUGCUUCACUUUGUUUCUUGCAGGUUUUCUGUUUGUACUUUUACGGAGCUGUAGAAUAUUUAAACUUAGCCAUCAUGUCUUAUGACAGAUACCUUGCUAUUUGUUGCCCUCUGCAAUAUAACACUGAGAUGACAUCUAACAAAACUACUAUGCUUGUUGCUCUGACAUGGUUUUGCCCGUUGCUGUUACUGUGUAUUGUGCUGACGUCCUUGAGUAAUUCCUUUCAGCUGUGUGGCACCAUUAUUGAGAAAGUGUACUGUGACAACUACUCUAUUGUCAAACUGGCCUGUUCUGACACCACGAUUAAUAACAUCUUUGGGCUCUUUGUCGCUGCUCUUACAAUCUUUUGUCCUCUAGUUCUUAUUUUUUACACAUAUGUUAUGAUUCUUAAAAUUUGCUUUACUGGUUCUAAGCAGACCAGACAGAAAGCUCUGAGUACCUGCACACCUCACCUGGCUUCUCUGCUGAACUUUUCUUUUGGUGCUAGCUUUGAAAUAUUACAGAACAGGUUUAAUAUGAACAAUCUGCCCAAUAUUUUGAGAAUUUUUUUAUCAUUAUACUGGCUUACAUGCCAGCCAAUUUUUAAUCCUUUACUGUAUGGCCUAAAUAUGUCCAAAAUCCGCAUGAUAUGUAAAAGUCUUGUCUUUGCUGAAAUGUAGGCCACUCAUAUAAUGUCCAUACAACAGAUUUCAGUGUUUCCCAGACAUUUCAAAAUGCAUUUGUGAUUGUUUAAGGUCUAAAAUAUGAUGCUUGAAAUUCAGCUGCAUAACACCAAUCCAAGCUACCUUCUGAUCAGAUAAAUUAAUUUUCCUUGAUAAUUUCAAAUGAUUUCAGAAUUUUCUUAUUAUACUGUGUUAUGAAAUGCCUUUCCACAAAGAUGUAUAAAAACGUUUUUAAAAAUGGCAUGAAUUGUGGUUCAUUGAUAAAUCAUAUACAUUGCAAAAAUAAUUGUUCGGUGAGAAUAACAAUAGAAAACCUCUAAUAAUACAAUUACAAAAGAUUGUGACAAUAUCUUUUUAUAAAAUGUGUAUGAAUCCUAUGUUGUUAGAAGUUUUGAAGCAAAAAAUCAAAAUAUAGUUUGGUUAGAAGCAUUUUGUGGAAGAUUUAAGUCCUAAAUUGAAGAUGCCCUAAAUUGUUUUUUAUGGUGAAUGUUUAAAGACCAAAACUCUUUCUGCUCACAAGCUCCCAAAUAUUUUAUUCAAAGCUUCAUUAUAAAAGUUCAUGUGAGAAUUCCACACGUGACGGGAAGUAUGUGUGAAGAUUUGUCUGAUGGAAACGUUAGUACGUGUGUGUGUAUUUGGUAUUCAGUACAAUGACAAUAAAGGUUUCAAUUCUAUUCUAAGAUGAAAAUGUUCUUAUGUUAUUGCAAAACCUUUUUUAA